AUGUACAAGCACUUCUAUCGAUAAUAUCUCACAACAAACAUUUAUUUACACCUUCUUUUACUCUUAUUUACUCAUUCACAACCGUAACUUCACGGGCCAAAUGUUUAGCUAUAAGUGUUCCCCAUCAUUCAACCAAAAAGCCAUCGAUUCCAUCAAUACGUUAAAAAGCAAGCCACGAGUCCUACAUCCAUCAAAUUUCUCCAACACGUGGCGUUAAUCCAACGCUACCAAAUUCAAUUGCUCCGCCCCAAUCUGUUGAUUUGAUUUCCCUUGCUAUAAAUGACUGUUUUGAAUUGACAUAUUAUGGGUAGGCACACGCAGCCAUUAAAGUCUCUCUCCGUUCACAGGACAACUUUCCAAAACAAGAAGAGAGAGAGAUAGAAAGAGUCAAACAGAACAACGUAAGACUUCGAUCCAAUAGAAAUGGUGUGUUUCUGUUUUCUGGUGGAUCAGAGGAGGAAGGUGCAGCGGAGCAAGCCGGCGGCGGGGACGUGUUCGCGGUGCGGCGGCGGAGCCAGCGUGGCGGAUAUGAUGACACAAACCAGAUUUUGCUACAUUCCAUUUUACUCCAAAUCUUGGAAAGCUAUUGUUUGCACUUUUUGUGGAGCCACUCUUAAAUCUUACAGAUGAGCACCACCUUAAUAUUUUCAUUUCUUAAUAUCUCACAGUAUAUGUAAUACACAAUAUAAUCUAUGUUUUCGUUUAUUAGUUUCUUCUUUGUUUUUUGUUUUUGUUUUUCAGAUACUUUUCUUCUGAUCUACAACGUUAUCUUGUCUCCUCUGGAAGCCAACAAGUUAGAUACUUGUUUACUGUAGAAAGUGAAAUUUUUACAUAAAAGAUAUAAAUAUUGUACUUUUUGCUAUCUUUACAGUAUUUAGUGUCACAUUUUUUGUUUCUAUGGUAGAGAAAUCACUAAAGUGCUGAUAACACUUAUUCUCAGUGUUUAAUAUGCAAUGCUUGUUGCUUCGAGUGGUAGAAGAAAUG